CCGUCCCUCCUCGCCCCCGGCUCGCUCAGUCAGAGCGGAUCUGAGCCGCCGUGCAGGGCGCCCGCGCGGACUUCCCGGGGCAGCCAGCGACUUGGGGCGACAUGAGGUCGCGCGCCGUGGAGGCUUUUGGUUGCUUUUUGAGCGUUGACGCCUGUGAGGGCCAUUGAAUCGUGUGCGGAGGCCGCCGGCAAGCGUCGUCCGGAAGGCAGGUUGCUUCCCGUUCCUCAUCACAUCAUGCCUGAGGGUUGGCGUCGCGGGAGCUCCAGAUCAUCCGGCGGCGGCGGCACAGGUGCCAAGCGGCCGUCGUCGGCGUCGUCGCUGAGCGGGAUGAUGGGCAGGAUGAUGUCGUCGGGCGAGCGGGGCGCCUCCUCCUCCUCCUGCACGUCGGUCAACAGCGUCUGCUCCGACUGCGAGCGGCCGGCCUCGCUCUCGCUGUCGUCGUCCGCCUCCUCCGUAUCGCUGCAGGACGCCUCGUCCUCGUCCUCCUCGUCCUCCUCGUCGCUCCCUUACGGCGCCGUGCCGGCCUACGAGGCCGCCGCCGCCGCCGCAGCCGCCGCCUCGGCGCCGCCUGAGAGGAACGGCUCCGACAUCAGCCUGCACCUCACCCCCUUGGUGGCGGGCGCCGCCGUGCCCAGGCCGCUGUCCCGGCUGGAGAGGGUUGUCAUGGAGAUCGUGGAGACGGAGCAAGCCUACGUCAGGGACCUCAAGAGCAUCGUGGAGGACUACCUGGGCUGCAUCAUCGACUGCGCCGCGCUUCCCGUCAACCCGGAGCAGGUCAGCGCUCUGUUCUGCAACAUCGAGGACAUCUACGAGUUCAACAGUGAACUGCUGGAGGAUUUGGAGAGAAGCCGGCAUGCCGCCGCCAUCGCCGACUGCUUUGUGGAAAGGAGUGAAGCCUUUGACAUCUACACGCUGUACUGCAUGAACUACCCCAACUCGGUGUCCGUUCUGAGGGAGUGCAUGAAGAACGAAAGCCUGGUCCGCUUCUUCCACGAGCGACGCGCCACCCUCAAGCACUCGCUGCCGCUGGAGACGUACCUCCUGAAACCCGUGCAGCGCAUCCUCAAGUAUCACCUCCUCCUGCAGGAACUCGCCAAGCAUUUGGACAAGAGCGACCCGGGCUACGAGGUGGUGGAGGACGCCAUCAUCACCAUGACGGCGGUGGCCUGGUACAUCAACGACAUGAAGAGGAAGCAGGAGCACGCCGUCCGCUUGCAGGAAAUUGCGUCGCUGCUGGUGAACUGGAGCGGUCCCGACCUGAGCGGCUUUGGCGAGCUGGUUCUGGAAGGUUCCUUCAAGGUCCAGCGGGUGAAGAAGGAGCGCGCCUUCUUCCUGUUUGACAAGAUGCUGCUGAUCGCCAAGAAGCGUGCCGAGCGCUUUGUCUACAGCACGCACAUCUUUUGCUGCAACCUCCUGCUGGCAGACACUCUGAAGGACCCGCUGUGUUUCCGAGUGUCCGACCUGAUGAUUCCCAAACGGCAGCACGUUGUCCAGACCAAGAACAUGGAGGAGAAGAGGCUGUGGGUUCACUACCUCAACAAACUCAUCAUCGAAAAUCAUCCGGCUUCUCUUCCGCACAAGGCCAGGCAGGUCCUCGGAGACGACUUUUGUCAGUCAGCCCACCACUUUGAGCACCAGCGCCCCGCAAAGCUUCCUUGGGCUUCACCGCGACCGGACGACGUUCCCCCUUAUCACCGAGGACGACGGCGCUCAGAACCACCCGCCAUGCUCGCGCUGACGCCUGAAAAAAGCAGGAAGAGUUUGCCGCUGCUGCUGGAGGCCAAUCUGCCCUACAGACGCACCAGGAGACGGUCGGCUCCAGCCAAGGACAUCCGAGCGGCAUUUCAUCCUCACGGUGAGCAAAUUCCUAAUGGGCUCAAUGCAAAGGUGCAACCUUUUGCCAAGUGGCUUUUCAAUUGCUGCACAUUGGCCAAAGCUGGCCCCGGGCGGCUCUCGCUCUGGCUUAGCCGCGGUGUUGCGCUAGCUAACGUUCUUUUCCGCUGCGCACCGACCCGUCCCGUCCCAUCAUCCUCACGCGACGUCUCCCGGCAGGCCCGAAGCGAGCCGACAGCGAGGGAGAGCUGAAGCGGGCCCACGCUUUAAACUCGGUGGCGGGAAGCGGCGGCGGCACGCCGGACUCCUCUGUCCUCUGCCGGCAGGAGCGAGAGGAGGAGGAGGAGGAGGAGGAGGAGGAUCUGGUCGCACUCUGCGCUCCCCCCACUCUGUCCAUCACAGAGGAGAUCCUGGAGUUGAUCAACCAAAGCCGAGCAAGGGAGGGACUGAUUUUUGCGGAGGAGGAGCUCCCGGAUCAGCCCGGGGCCGAGUCGCCGCCACCUCGCCAAAGCGACUUCACCUGCCCGCUGCCCCCGCCGGCGCUCCGUGAGGAAGCGGAAACUUGCCAGAACGCCCAAGAGCAGAGCGCCGCCGGCGCUCCGAAUGGAAGUGAGGUCCGAAUGA